AUGGACACUCUCUGCGUGCUUGUUGGUCUGUUGUUUUUCUCCUGUGUCAUUACAGCACAGUUACCGGAAUUGAAUCAAUGCCCACCAGAGGACCCCAACUGUCACCCUUGGUGUAUAGAAUACGUUGACAAAUGUAGAGUGUGUCGGUGUAAAAAGGAAAAACAAGGAUCUGGUGACAAAACUUAUGCUUGGAGCGGAUUUAACACAGACUCUGGGGUUGGGGGAUUUGCAGGCAGUGAAAGUGGUUCUUUGUCUUCUUUGGGAGAAAAAUGGGGAGCCAUCGGAGGAGAAAGCUGGGGGUCAAAAGGAAAUGAAGAUAAAACUAAUAUAAUCAUUAUUGAGAAGGAGAAGAAACCGGAAGUGGGCAUGAUGUCAUUUCCGGGUUCCUCUUUCGUGGGAAAGUCACCAUUUCAAAUGAAUGGACCCUCACAUGGUAUGAUGAAAUUCCCUCCUCGAAGAAAUUCUAUCCCCUCGGGUUGUAAAACAAAAAACGUUCCGUUGAUAAGCCCAGGGGUUCCUAGAUACUGUGUCACAGGGCUUAUCAUCGAUUGUCCACGUGAUUGUGUCGUCACGGACGAAUUCGGAUGUAAAUCGUGUCCUUGUGCACCAGCCAUAAAAGCUUGGAUGCCUGUGUGUGAAAAUGUCCCAGCAGCCAAACCUCAGAACAGCUGUAUAGGAACUAAAUUAUGUAUAAUGUCAUGUAAAGGGGAGGCCAAAAUAGGGGAAACUGGUGCAGAUGGUUGUCAGAAGUGCACGUGCAUCAAAAGAGAGAACAAUCUUGUUUCCAAAACAAUAACAACAACAACACCUAAACCAACAACAAAGAACAUAAUGGAGUGUACUAAACUGAUCGCGUGCAUGAUCAAAUGUAAGGACACCGGAUAUGACAUAGGAAAUACACAGUCCGACGGAUGCCCCAGCUGUCGAUGCAAAGAUAAGACAUCAAACAACAACAAUAACAACAAUAAUAGCAACAACAUUAAUAGUAAUAACAUGAACAACAGUAACAACAAUAAUAAUGGUGGAGGCGGGAUGCAGACUUGGACAGCCGGAAGUGGCGGCAGUGGGAUGACCGGGAUGAAUACAGCAAGUGGAAGCGGAAAUAAUAUUCUAAACAAUGUGGGAGGUGGUACUGGUUCCGGGGGAGGGGCAAAGUGUCAGUUCCCUUUGUGUAUUGACGGUGGCUCCGGAGGGGGUGGUAAUCCUAUGAUGCCGUCGGCUGGGUCAAGCGGCGGAUCCAGCGGUGGGUGUGCGGGGCCGUUCUGUGCCAGUAUGACAGGGGGUGGUUCAGGAGGAGGCAUGGGAAUGGGAGGUGGAUCUGGUGGUAUGAUGAUGGGAGGUAGUGGCGGUGGUGGAUCUGGAGGGAGCGGGCCGUUUAAGGCAUCGCUGAGUUCCGCCGCUGCAGCCAGUGGAGGUAUGGGUAGUGCUAUGAAAUCUCCCUUCAUGGCGGCAGCAAGUGGGUCAGGAGGAGGAGGAGGAGGGGUGGAUCAUAAUCCAAUGCAUGGGCCAAUGUUAUCCAUGGGCCCUGGGGUAGGUAAAACAACGGAUAAAGAAGUGGAAAAGGUUGCCUACAAUUCCGAAUGCUUUGGUCCCUCAUGCUCCGCGAAAAAUGGGAAAAUGCAUGGCCUUAUAGGAAGUUGUAUGGAAAUGGAGAAAUGCAUCGCUAAUUGUGGCGGAAGUUACGAAAUAGGACCACUCGGGCCAGACGGGUGUCAGUCAUGCACAUGCAAUCCGGAGUGA